AUGGGACGUGCGCCGCGAUCCAAGACAGCCAUCUCUGCAGAGGCGCGUAUUAUAUCGCCUUACUUUGCGGGAGGACAGCGGCUCCCAGACUACAUAAAACCUAACCUGGAUGUUGUGUUUUGUGGUAUCAAUCCAGGAACAGAGUCAGGUGCUCAACGUCGCCAUUACGCGCACCGUUCAAACCAUUUCUACGCAUGCAUACAUAUGGCAGGACUGACAAGUGAGCGACUCACGCCCUCACAAGACAUGACAUUUCCUACAUUGCAACCGUACAGACUGGGUCUCACGAAUCUUGCACACCGUCCGACGGCACGAAGCGAGCAACUGACUCGUAUUGAACUGGAACGUGGAGUACCUGAGCUGCUCAUGAAGAUUGCGCGUUAUCGGCCACGCGUCAUUUGUUUUGUCGGUAAGCAAAUCGCUGAUGUGUUUAUGCGCGUCGUUCGUGCGUCACAUACAAGCGGGACUGUACGUGUGCCGAAGCCUCUAGGCGUGCUUGGUUUUUGGCACAAAUCAGAGAACUGUGAACAUUCCGACAAAGACCGUUCUGAUGGCAAUGGUGACUACAUGUACAUACCCAAAGUCGAUGUGGGCUACGGCGUGUUGCCUAUAUGUAUGCCUCAUGAACAAACAACGAUCAACACAUUAUUUUUCGUCACACCAUCAACAAGUGCUCGUGUCACACAGCACCAGCUGCCUGGAAAGGUUCGUAUUAUGUCGUACAUUCCAAAGCUCCUUGAGUAUGGCUCGUCCAACUUGUCUGAUGAGUCUAGGCAUCAUGUAGACAUGUUGCGUCUAUGCGCACCUGCGGCAUCAUGA